ACCGCGACGAUAACAAUAAAAUCCACGAAAAAAAAACCCAUAAAGCUAUACAAAAUUAUUGUAAUUUUUGUAGAUCAUCUUGAUUAUUUGUCAUACAAAUAGCACUUAUGUGUUUGUUCAUUAAAUAAUAAUCCGGUGUGAACUAUUGGUUCCUUAUUUUUAUAUUUUUUUAUUGUUUUAUUUCUUACACGUUGAAAUUUAUUUACAUACUCGAGUUUACAAAACGGAACAAUAAUUAAUCGUUUUAUUAUUGUUCGCUCACGAAACAAGUAUGACACAAAUGGAGGACCAAGAGAAGCAAUUGGAGAUUGCAUUAGCAUCAGUUCAAAAACAAGGAGUCCACAUGAAAAUGUGCUUGGAUAAAAAUAAGCUGAUGGAAGCACUCAAACACGCGUCUGCUAUGCUAGCCGAAUUACGAACUUCUUUACUAUCACCGAAGAGCUACUAUGAACUAUUUAUGAAAGUGACCAAUGAACUGUGUUAUCUGGACUUGUAUCUUGUAGAAGAAUUUGAACGUGGUCGUAAGGUUGAUGAUUUAUAUCAAAUCAUACAGUAUGCUGGAAAUAUUGUACCUCGUCUAUAUUUAUUAAUUACUGUUGGAUUAGUUUAUAUUAAAACAAAUACCAACUUAAAACGAGAUCUUUUAAAAGAUCUUGUAGAAAUGUGUCGUGGAGUCCAGCAUCCUUUGCGUGGUUUGUUUUUACGCCAUUAUUUACUACAAUGUUCUAAAAAUGUGUUACCUGAUAUCCCAGAUAAUGAAGAUAUUGAGCAUCCUGAAGGCACUGUUCGUGACUCCAUUGAUUUUAUACUGAUGAAUUUCGCUGAAAUGAAUAAGCUAUGGGUUAGGAUGCAACAUCAAGGACAUUCUAGAGAAAAAGAACGCCGUGAAAAAGAACGUGAAGAGUUAAAAAUUCUUGUUGGUACUAAUUUGGUCAGAUUAUCACAUUUAGAUAGUAUUACAUUGGAUAAAUAUCGUAAAGUAGUUUUACCUGGUAUUUUGGAACAAAUUGUUAGUUGUAGAGAUGCUAUUGCUCAAGAGUAUCUUAUGGAAUGUAUAAUUCAGGUUUUUCCUGAUGAAUUUCAUCUAUAUACCCUAAACGUGUUUCUUAAGUCCUGUUGUGAGUUGCAGCCAUCUGUAAAUGUGAAAACUAUUGUCAUUUUAAUGAUUAAUCGUCUAACAGUGUUUACUUUUCACAAUUCCAAUGCAUCUGAAGUGAAAUUAUUUGAAGUACUCACUGAACAAAUAGCCAAUAUUAUUCAGAGCCGUGAUUUACCACUUGAAGAUACUGUGUCACUUCAAGCUGCUAUGGUUGGCUUAGCUCUCAAAUGCUAUCCUGAUAAUUUAGAUUAUGUUGACAAAUCCCUUCAAACCAUUUCUGAUACCUUUGCCAGGCGCAAAAUUGAAAAGAUUAGUCAUAAAAAUCCAGUAUCUAGAGAGUUGAUGGCUUUAAUGAAGUUGCCCAUUGACAAUUAUAAUGAUCUUCUUUUAGUAAUGAAGCUGAAGCACUUUCCUGAAAUUAUCGAGUAUUUUGAUUAUACUGGUCGUAAAACUAUUGCUAUUUACUUACUACAAAAUGCUGUUCAGUGCAGAACUAUGAUUCCAUCGGUUGAACAGGCAGAUAUUGUUCUAAAUAUGGUAUCUCCAUUGGUUAAAGAUCAGCCUGACCAACCAAUUGGCGAAGAAGAUCCUGAAGAUUUUGCUGAAGAACAAAGUCUUCUCGGAAGGUUUGUUCAUCACAUGAAAGCAGAUGAACCAGAUCUGCAAUUUAAAAUUUUGAUGGCAGAGAGAGAACAUUAUAGUUUAGGGGGAAAUAAACGAAUUUGUUACACAUUACCAUCUCUUGUAUUUCAAGCAUAUCAACUGGCAUUGAUCUAUAGUGGAAAAAGAGAACAGGAUGAGUUGUGGGAGAAAAAGUGCCGUAAAAUAUUCCAGUUCUGUCAUCAGACAAUUUUAGAACUAACUAAAGCAGAGCUUGCUGAAUUACCACUGAGAUUAUUUUUACAAGGAGCUUUAACCAUUUCACAAAUAAAUUUCAAAAACUACGAAACAGUGGCCUAUGAAUUCUACUCUCAAGCGUUUACACUGUACGAAGAAGAAAUAUCUGAAAGUAAAUGUCAAUUAGCUGCUAUUAUUUUACUGAUUGGUACUUUUGAAAAGAUAAAUUGCUUUGAUGAAGAAAAUGCUGAACCAGUUCGUACCCAGUGUGCUCUGGCAGCAUCUAAAUUAUUAAAAAAGCCAGAUCAAUGUCGAGCUGUAGCUAUUAGUUCACAUUUGUUUUGGUCUGCACAAAACAAUCUUGGACAGCCAAUUCAAGAUGGUAAUAGAGUAAUGGAUUGCUUGAAAAAAUGUGUACGCAUUACUAAACAGUGCAUGGAGGUAUCUGUUCAAGUUCAGUUGUUUGUUGAAUUGUUAAACUAUUAUGUUUACUUCUAUGAAAGAGGCAAUAAUAAUGUAUCUGUAGACAUAUUGAAUCAAUUAAUAGGUCAAAUUAAGAAAGAAAUUACUGGUUUAAUUGCAAAUGAAGAAACCGAACAGAUCACAAAACAUUUUGAAAAUACAAUCGCGCAUUUAAAAAGUAGAAUUGAAUCUGUCGAUUCUGAAGAUUCUGUUUAUAAAGCUUUAGAAGAAUUAACAUUAUAAUAUUAUUAAUAUUUUAGUUAAUAAUAGGUCCAAUGUAUUUAUU